AUGUCAGGUCCUGGUGUUGGUUUUGAGUACCCGCCCGUCAAGGUUACGUGGCUGCAACGCGAUGUCCUCCUCUUCGCCAACACCAUCGGCGCUACCGUCGAUGAGUUACACUUCCUCUACACACAGGAGUUUCAUCCGAAAUUCGCCGUCUUCCCUACCUACCCCGUCAUUCUUCCCUUCAAGAAGGAUUCCCAGGAAGUCGUGGACUACUACAAGGAAAGCAAAGCUGUUCAAAUCCCCGGUGUUCCCAAACUAGACUAUACGCGCGUUGUCGAUGGCCAACGGAAGAUCCAAUUCCUAAAGCCCCUCCCAACCACCUCCGCGGGUCGCAAUUUCGAAACCCGUCAGAAGGUCAUCGGCGUCUACGACAAGGGUCGCCCAGGCACUGUCCUCGAGACGCAGAUGGACCUUGUCGAUGUAGACUCUGGCGAGGUGCACGCCCGAGUCACCAGCAGCGGCUUCUUUAUCGGCCAGGGCGACUGGGGAGGCCCCAAGGGUCCAGCUACGGAGAACUACCCUCCACCGAAAGACAAGGCGCCUGAUGCUACGAUUGAAGUGCAGACUAACGCUGAGUUGGCGCUACUGUAUAGGUUGAAUGGCGAUUAUAAUCCGCUACAUGCUGACCCUGAACCUGGGAAGAAGAUGGGUUUCGGAGGGACAAUUAUGCAUGGGCUGUAUUCGUGGAACUCGACGGCUCAUUCGCUCUUGAAGGAGCUGGGUGGUGGAGACCCUUCCAAUAUCAAAGAGUAUCAAGCCAGGUUUGCUAGCCCUGUGAGGCCGGGCGACAAGCUGGUUACGAAUGCGUGGGUUAUGGGGGUCAAUCAGGACGGUUGGUCCGAGGUGAGAUUUGUUACACAAGUCGCCAGUGGCAAGGUCGUUUUGAGUAAUGGAUUGGCUUUGAUCAAGGUUAUAGACAAGGGGAAGAGUAAAUUGUAA